AAGUUCCUCCCAGGGCGGGCUUUAGGUUUCACAAUGCUCUUCAGUUCCUGCUCUGAGCAGCUGUGCUCCACCAGCAUACAGUCUUCACCAAGAGAUCACUAGAGAUCUCCUCCCCUGUCUGAGCACCAAGAUGACAGCUGCAGAGGCUUCAGUGGAAAUGUUAAAAACAGACCUUAGAUUCACGGAUGGCCUGGAGAAAGCAGGACCUGGUAAAAGUCUUCAAAGAAAACUUCUAGCAGUUAUAUAUCCUGUAACUCCUAUCAAAAUUUAUUUGUGCUUUUUCAUUAUCUCAAUCCUAAUUGCAAGUGUCAUUACACUUUCCAUUAUUUUGUCAGCAAAAAAGACAGAGCCAAUCGUACAGAACCUUGUGUUUGCUACCUGCCCAAAAGAUUGGAUUGGAUUUGGAAACAAGUGUUUUUAUUUUUCUGAAGACAUAGGGAAUUGGACAUUCAGCCAGACUUUUUGUGCUUCUUUAGCAUCCAAUCUUGCUCAGUUUGAAAGCCAGGAGGAACUGAAUUUUCUGAAAAGAUAUAAAGGGCUUUCUGAUCAUUGGAUUGGCCUUAACAGAGAAUCAUCACAUCACGUUUGGAGGUGGACAGACAACACUGAAUAUAAAGCUUUUUGACUGUUUUUCAGAAACCUCUACUUUCAUCAUGGAACAGAAAGAAGCACGAUAAGGAUGUUACUCAUGGGAAGAGGGGUUCAUAUCUACUACCAUCUGAGGUAACCUUCUGCUGCCCUUAAUAUUUUUGUGUGUACAAUACCCUAAAAUCCAUCAAGCUGCAAGGUUAAUCUGCAGUCAGCUGUAAAGAUAAUACUGUUACUUCUAAACCAAAUUGUCCUGUUGAAGUGGAGAAGAUAAUUUUCAAGAUGAAAAAAAUGGAUCAGGUAAAAAUCUAGCCCUAUAAUAGUAGAAAACUAUUUUUAAGAAAACACAGAGGGGCUGGGAAUGUGGCUCAGGUGGUGGCGCGCUCACCUGGCAUGCGUGCAGCCUGGGUUCGAUCCUCGGCACCACAUACAAACAAAGAUGUUGUGCCUGCCGAGAACUAAAAGAUAAAUAUUAAGAAGGUUCUCUCUCUCUCUCUCUCUCUCUCUCUCUCUCUCUCUCUCUCUCUCUCUCUCCUCUCUCUUAAAAACAAAACAAAACAAAACACAGAGUUCUGUCUCUUGGGUGGAUUGAGGUGGAGCUGCCUUCAUCCAGGAGAAGGGACACCUUCUGUAAUUCAACAUAGGAUGGUACCUUAUUUUAUAGCAGUACCCUCCCAACAUGCACACAGACAUCCAGGGGUGCUUUGUCUCAUUUGUACAAAGGACAAAGCUAGAAGAGAUUUUGUCCCCAACUUUCAGAGUUCACAGAAAGCAAGGAUCCAACUCUCUACAGUCAUAUCUGGCAAGACACCUGCAAGUCAUAGGCCCCUGAGGUUUACUUGAAGUGGGUGCCUAAACAAUGGCACCAUAAACUGUGAAAGGGUCAUGGGGGUGGUUGAUUAUAUAAGCUCCACUUAAGACUGGCAGGCCUCCUCUGACUUUGCUCAGAAAGGAAGUGACUUUGCCAAGAGCAUCCAGCACAGAGGCCUGGGAAUUAUGGUGGAGGGCACAGGCUGCCUGGGGGGAAUCCUCAGCUCUCUGAAUAUUACCUUUUUGACCCUGGGAUGCUACUCAACCACUUGAAUUACAUUUUUGUCUUCUAUAAAAUGAGCCAAAUAAAUAACUGUAGCUAUCAUCUACAGACAGUUAUGUUUAGCUCUCAGGCUUGUCCAAAGGCUGAAAUCACCCAGGAGUCAGAGUUUGUGCUUCAGUGAAGGACUACCUCAGAGUCCCAUGGGAGAGGAGGUCACCAGUCACCUUAGACUACUUAUACCUCAAAGGCCAGACAACUGGAUUGAUAAAAAUCCAGUUGCUUCUUAUAUAAAGAAUCAUCCAUUUUAAAGAUGACUACAAAUAUAAGCAAAAACCCUCAAGAGAAAUUACAAGAGCACACAUACGGAGAACUGGAAUUACUCACCUUACAACAAAAAUCUCACCUUGGGAAUGGAGGGAGCAUCAGCAGCACAGUGAAAUGGACAGUUACACUAUUAGACCAUGCAGUGGCUGAUCUUCUGAAAUAUACUCCAUAUGGAUUAGCGACACUGAUACAACCCCAUUUGUGCCAAAUUUGUGGACACAAUCAAUAAUUUAGAAAUUAAAACUUAGAUUGAAGAUUUGAAACUUCCUCCUCCUGACCGAAAAAUAAAUAAAUAAAUAAGAACCAUCUGCAUUCACCAAGAGAGUCAACACUGCUCCUAAUACUGUGAAAUAGUGUGUAGGGGUUGACAGUUAUCAUGCUGCUUCCCCCAAAGCAAACUUUUUAUUUUUUCAUAUAAAAAACUUUGUUCCACAACCUCAUUAAAAACAACAAUGAUGACAUCUGUCAAAAACUCGAAGACAUCUCUACUCCUCUGAUAACUGAAAACUGCCUCUUCUCACUAGUCAGUCAGUUGUGCUAAAUCUGGACACUGAAAGUUUUCAGUUCCUCCUUAGUGUAUCUGAGUUGUACCUCUUCUUUUAUUGUAGUGAAAAGGUCACAGUCUUUCAGUUAAACAUAUACGACUCCUUGUGAGUCACCUAGUGACUGCCAAGCCUCCUGUCAGUACAGAGGAAGGGCUGCUUAGUUCUGUCAAUAAACUAAUAGACAUCCCAAAAUUCAAGAAAAUAGCUCCUCUUAUAAUGAACAGUAAUACCAAUCACUGCAGCCAGCUGCUUGACCAUCAUUUAUCCAAACAUAUUUACAUUCCCAGGAUAGAUGUGAUAGUUUUCUGCCUGAAGUCCAUUCUGGAGAGAUUGCUGCCAAAUUGAAUGAACUUACUUGUACUUGAAAUAUACAGUAUCUAUGAAUGGAUGAUCAAGAUUAAUAUCCCCUGAUGCAUGGCGUAGCUAUUAAAUGUUGGAUUUCCAUCUUUCUAACCAGCCACCACACACACACACACACACACACACACACACACUUAGUAUUAAAAUAUAAGAAUUUGUGCUAUGACUUUUAAUACCUAAAGAAUAUAUUUAUAAUUUAUAGUUAUCUUACUUAAAAACUUCAUGAUAGGGUAUAAUUGAUUUUCUUUUCCUUCAAUAAGAAAUAAUCACCUUUUGUUGAUUUCAUUUGUUGCUUUAUUGAUCACCUACAUGUUCUACAAUGGUGACUUCAACAAAAGGAUAAAGAAAGAUUAUAUUUGUAAGGUACAUUAAUAGCUAAGUAAGCAUACAUCUGAUAUUUGCUAUCGUAUUCCUAUUCUUUACAUACAAAUGUUUAUAAGUUAUGUUAAAGAUUAUUUUAUGGUGAAAUAAGGAUUUGCAAAACCACACAUGUAAAAUAAUGGAUUUAGUUUAACUCUGUUUUCAAUGAUGAAUUAUUUAGUGUGGAAGUUCGAUUUUAUAUUUUAUUUAUUACCAAAUUAGUAUAUAAUUAAUGGAAAUCUCAAAGUUCUUAAAAUAUUAUUAAUAUGUGAUAUUUGAUUUUUAUAACUUAAGAAUGUGAAUUCCAUAAGGAGAAUUUCAAACAAAUAUUUUCUGUAUUAGAGGUUCUAAAGAAGUUUUAAAUAAAUAUUUGUGAACAUUACUAUAUUAUGAUAAUUAUAUCACAGUUGAUAUGAAGAAAAGAAUAAGGGUCAAUUUUUAUUCAUAUAAAAAAAUGGAAAACUAUUUGGAGUUUCAGAAAUUCUGGUGCUUAUUGUAGUAAAAUGAUAAAGUAAAAUCAUUGUGUACAUAUGCAAUGAACACCAGAUGUGAGUCCUGGCAAAUAGCACAAAUCUAGAUAUUUUAAAAGAUAAAGAGAAUAAAUGUUUUGAAAAAUAAUUUUUAAAAUAUUAGCAUCUGGUCUUACAUAAUAAUUUCAUUUUAUCAUUUCAUUAGAAUUUUUGAAACAUACUUACAGACAUUCAUUAAAGGCAGGACUAUUAAGAAAAGCAAUCCUGGGCAGGGGUUGUGGCUCAGUGAUGGAAUGCUUGCAUAACACAUCUGAGGCACUGAGUUUGACCCACAGCACAACAUGAAAAUAAAUAAAUAAAGGUAUUAUGUCCAUCUAUAACUAAAAAUAUUUUUUUAAAAAAAUAAGAAAAACCAAAACAAAACAAAAGUAAAGAAAAACAAUCCUAAUUUGUUGGUUUAUAAUCACUCUGGCAUCUUGUUCAUGCCUUGCAGAUUGAAUUGGUUACUUAAUCUCAAAGUUUUUAUCAAACAAGCAGGCUGGGGAGUUAAGUUGGAUUUCAUUAAACCUACUGAGAACUGAACUACUUAAUUUUACUAAGCCACUAUGGAAAAAGUUUCUUUCUGAUAUAAUAAAAGCAAGAUAUUAAAAAAAGAAAAAAGAAAGAAAAAUGAUCACUUAUUCAAGCAUCAGCAGCAUUUGACACUCUUGAUUAGUCCCUCUUUGAAAUUCUUUCUUUCUUUCUUUUUUCUUCUUUGGGUUCCAGGGGUUGAACUCAGGGGCACUCAACCACUGAGCCACAUCCCCAGCCCUAUUUUGUAUUUUAUUUAGAGACAGAGUCUCACUGAGUUGUUAAGCACCUCCCUUUUGCUGAGGCUGGCUUUGAACUCAAUGAUCCUUCUGCCUCAGUCUCAUGAACUCCUGGGAUUACAGGUGUGCACCACUGCACCUGGUGAGAUUCUUUCUUUACAAGCCAAUAUAUUUCUUUCUGGAUUCUUCUUUCAUUGUUUGCUUCUCAGGUUCCUCUGCUGAUACCUUUUCUACUUUCUGGUCUCUAAAAUAUGUAGCACCUCAGCCCUUGAGAUUGGCUUACCUGGUUCUUCUAUGAGUUGAUGACAGUCACAUUUGUAUUUGCCAGUCCUAGCACUAACAGCUAGAUCUGAUGUUGGUAGGAGUAGAUAUGGCAUUGACAGUUACAUUUUGAGUGUUUCCUGUUGAACACAAAGACUGUCAGAGAACACUAUGUCAGGUCAUUUUGUGACUGUGAUAAAAUGAUACCAAUAGCCCCUCCUAACAGAACAAGAUAACAAAAUAAAAGCUAAGACUGUUUCAUAACGAUCUCAAAACACAACAAAAUCAAAUCACAAAACUCAAAAAUACUGAUUUCUGUCCCUCAUGCAUGCCCCCUAUACCCUAUUAAUAUGACUGAUGCUGUUCCUUUCAGAUAACAGCAACAGCUUCAACCUUACUUUAUUUUUACCUCUUUUGAGAUAAGCUUCCUUAAGGAAGCUUCCUUAAUUCCUGUCAUUGAAUUACCCUUGCUUCCAGACAGGACUCAGUAUAACACACUUUCUUGAAUCCUCUCCCAAAUCACCUCUAUAAGCCCAAAUGCGGUAGUCUUUUUUUUUAAUUUAAUUUAAUUUAUUUUAAAGAAAAAGAGAGAGAGAGAGAAUUUUUAAUAUGUAUUUUUUAGUUUUCGGUGGACACAACAUCUUUAUUUUAUUUUUAUGUGGUGCUGAGGAUCGAACCCAGCGCCUUGCAUAUGCCAGGCGAGUGCGCUGCCACUUAAGCCACAUCCCCAGGUCAGUCUUUAUAAAAAGACUUCUCUUUAUGAGAAGCCCACGUGAUUCCCCAAGGAAUAGAAUCUUUAUUAUUACAAGGAGAAAUAAAGCAUAUUUAUUUAAUUGUUGAUGAGUUUCAGCUCAUCUUUGGGCACAGGUCAUCUUUUGGCAGGUGCAGAGUUACAUCCAUCAUAGGAUAAUCUGUCUCUAAUUUCAUUACUUGCCAUUAAGAAAUAAAAAAAUUAAUUCAUAUUUUACUAUAGCUAUAAUCUUAUAAUAUUCUAUUAUUCUAAUUUUUCGUAGUUUACUGAAAUUUUUAGUCCACUUAUUCCUUGCUGAAUUAUCUUUGAAAUGGUUGCUGUUUAUUCUUGUUAUCUCAAUAAUUAUGAAUACUUACUGUUCACUUUGUUUGCAAAUUUGGAGUUAGCUAAAAUAAGAACUUUUCAGAUUACAUUUCUUCUGUUUUGUCUCCUAACAUUAUUUCUCUUUUGCCCAGAGAAGUGUGUUUAUAAAAUGCGUAUCUUUCUGUCUUCUCAUCCUUGAGUGGAGAUAGAGCCUGACAUGGAAUAGGAUAUCAUUAAAGGGAUAACCCUUCAUUUCUAGGCAUGUUCAUUAAAGAACUGGCAACUUUCAGAACACAGAUCUCUAGUAUAAAACUAGAGGGUAGAUUGGUGAUACUACAAUUUCUAGUUCCUGUCAGUUUUGCCAAAUACUGCUGUCUUCACCCAAUGUGUAAACUCUGGAGGCCAGUGGAAGAGGAUCGCAAAGCUCACUCAAUUUAGAGUAUAGGAAGGCAUGUGGGGCAACAGGUCCAAUCCUUGUAUUACUGCUCUUGCAGGACUCUAAGAAGGUGGAUCUUCAAACCAAAAGUGAUGCAAUAGGGUUUUUUGCUGAGCUUGUAAUACCAGCCCUCUAGAUGGAGGUGCGGGCUAUCUUCUAACCUUAGUUAUAAUUAUACAGCUUCUUUUUCCUGUUUAUAGAGUUGUGUGCAACCAGUGUGCACAAGUGAAAGGAAUCCUUACCUCAAGCAGAGGAUCCUUCUGUCUGCCUGUACUGUUCCUGGUGCAGUUUCUUAAAUUAAUAUGGCUGUAACUUCUGUGCCUAUUUUAGAGACUGUCAUUAGAAAAGGUCAAAGUUACUUUUUAAUUCCCUACAGGUAGUAGAAUUCCUACUGACCACUAGAAAAUGUUUUAACUCUAUCCCAUCAAUUAAUAUAGCUGUAGGAAUUUCUUCUACAUUUUGACACAUAUACAUUUUAUAAUUUACAAUACCAUUAUGGACUUUAUCCAAGUAAUAUGUAUAGAGGAAUAUUUUAAUGAUAGUUUUGAAGGCUAAGCAAACCUUUGGAAGUUUUUUUUCAUUUUAAAUGUAUGCUUUCAUUUGCCUUUAAAUUUAUUUACUCGAUCUCAGUUAUGAAGAUCCAUAUAUGACCACACUUGUGAAAAGAGGAAUAUUUUCAGGUUCUCCUUAAAUACUGACAUUCCAUUUAGUCUUACUUCACUUGGAUAUUAAUGUCUGUACCUCUCACCAACAUAUGCAUUGAAGAGGGCUAGUGUUCACCAUUGCCUACAAGGGGGGAAAAAACUACUUCAAGUAAGAAGAAUUAAAUAAGUCUUUAAUCUUCUUAAAUCCCAAGAAAGGGGAAAUAGUUAUGUUAUAGGUACUCGCAAAUAUAAGUUGAUGUCACUUGGGGGAAGCAUAAUACAUUAGAUAAAACCUGACUUUGACACAUUAAGGAUUUGAAUACAAAUUUACAUAAUGUUAUUAACUCUGUAAUUGAAACAAAUCAGGUAAAUUUUUCAAAUCAGUAUCAAGUGGAAAUAGCACUAUCUUGACUAUAUUUCAUGAGAACUUUAAGAAUCACUUAAAAACUGUUAUAAUAUCUUCUACUUCAACAUGUUCUCAUUCCAAAAGUUCUUAUUCUCCACAUUUACAUUUACAAAAUCAUGGAAGAUGACAUGCCGUUAAAAUCAUGGUAUUUGAAGGUAAAUGGAUGGAGUUGGAGAAUAUUAUUCUAAGUGAAGUAAGCCAAUCCCCCCAAAAACAAAUGUUUAAUGUUUUCUCUGAUAUUUGGAUGCUGAUCCAUAAUGGGGAUGGGGAGGAGCAUGGAAGGAAGGGAGGAACUUUAAAUAGGGCAAA